UGUUCGGUGUUAGGCGGUGCUUGUUUUAGGGAAUGGGGUAGAAACUGAAAGGGUGGGCUUGACCGUUGACUGGUUUGAGAGCGUGUGCAUGUUUUUUUUUUUCAUUUUUUAUGGAGAUCGUCUUGUAUUUCUGUUAUGCUUACAGACAGAUAAUUUCUGACAAUCUCGAGAGAGGAGAACAUUGAAUAGGAACCGGAAGAGUGGAUUGCUUGGUGUUGUGAGGGGAUAUAUUCUCAGCUGGUACAACCAUGGGCUUCCGUAAGAAGAAUAAGAGCCCGCCGGUGCUGAGCCACGAGUUCGUGAUCCAGAAUCAUGCUGAUAUGGUGUCUUGCGUGGCCAUGAUCAUCUUACUAGGACUCAUGUUUGAGGUAACAGCAAAGUAUGCCAUCAUGUUCAUUACUGUCCAAUAUAACGUUACAUAUACCUUUGAAGAAAAAUUGGAACCCAUAAACUUUUAUAGAUAUGGUCCAAAGGACAUGGCAACUGUUUUUUUCUAUGUUCUUAUUGCCAUCAUUCUUCAUGCAUUGAUUCAAGAAUAUAUUCUUGAUAAAAUUAACAGACGGCUUCAUUUGUCUAAAACAAAGCAUAGUAAGUUCAAUGAAUCGGGGCAGCUUGCUGCAUUUUAUCUGUUCUCCUUUUUGUGGGGAGUGAGCAUCCUAACUGCAGAAGAAUUUGCAACCAAUCCUACCCUGCUUUGGGAAGGUUAUCCACAUGUCCAUAUGUUUUUUCAGGUGAAAUUCUUCUACAUAUGUCAGAUCGCCUAUUGGCUUCAUGCACUCCCAGAGCUUUACUUUCAAAAAGUUCGAAAGGAGGACAUUCCUCGUCAGCUAUACUACAUUUGCCUUUACAUUUUUCACAUUGUUGGUGCCUACAUUCUCAACCUUCACCGCCUUGGCCUGAUUUUGUUGGUGCCACAUUACUUGGUAGAACUGUUGUUCCACGCCUCAAGACUCUUCUAUUUCAGUGAUGAAAACAAGCAAAAAGGGUUCACUCUUUGGGCUCUUCUCUUUGUAUUGGCUCGUCUCCUAACCCUUACAUUAUCUGUGCUUACGUUUGGUUUUGGUCUUGCCCGAACAGAAAGUCAAGGUUUUUCUAUAGCAGAUGGAAAUUUUAAUAUUCUCACCAUCAGAAUUAGCUGUUUAGCUGCUAUUUGUCUAACUCAAGCAUGGAUGAUGUGGAAGUUCAUAAAUUUCCAGUUAAAGAAGUGGAGAGAACACAGUCAAAAUCAAGCCUCCAAAAAGAGAGUUACCAGUCCGAAAGGCAGAGCUUCAAAAAAAGAAACAAGCAAAGGUAAUGCUGUGAAUGGAGUGUUGAAAUACGAGGAUAGAACUUCGCCACGUGCAAGGAAAACCAAAACAUCGUAAAGAUUCCACCUGCAUUAAAAAUAAGAAGGAAAAAUGUACUGUUCUCUUUCUGACUUGUCCCUAAGAUGCUCCUUUCACCCCAGUCUCUGAUAAAAUGAACUAUCUCUUAACUUUUGAAGUAUUAAACCGUCCUAGUUUUGUUUUCUGUGCUUUGGAAAUCAGAUAUUUUUUUACAAUCUUAUGAAAUGUAUAUAGUAUGUGCUUAUAUAUUUUUUCCUAAAAGUUUUAUUUGGAGAGUCUGCUACCUUUAAAGCAGACUGUUUUGGUCUUGCAGCUCGAGUCCAUGUAUAGCUCACUACACAACUACAGUGUAGGCUGUCUGGAAUCUCACCCACCUUCCUUUCAAAGCUUAGAGGUGUUGACACUAUAGACAUUUAUUCUGUUGUCCUGUUUAUUUUGUGGGUUUUAUAUUACAGUUAACUUCAUUUUUAUUUUUGGGGAAGGUGAUAGCAAUACAUUGUGGUUUUAGUUAAAGAUUUUAAACCAUCAGAAUCUUUUAAACUCUUUUGUUUGUGGGGCUUUUUGACAAGUUAGGACCUUUUUUCUCAAAUCUGUAAUUUCAGGGUCUCGAAGCAAUCUGGCCUUGUGCAGAAAACUUCUCCACCAAAACAUUUCAGUGUAUAGUGCCUGCAAUGAUUAAUUACAAACUAGACAUUUGUUUUUAAUUUAUAAUGACAGUCCUCAUAUUAAUUGAAAAAAGAGGCAGAGAUCUCCAAUGUGAGUGACCUAACUUUGCUUUCAUUACCAUUUUUAAUUUAAUUUGAUUUCCUGAUUCAGCUGUUGGUGCAAGCAUCUGGUGGCCUUUAAUUCAUUAUGGUCAUUUUACAGUGCUUGGCUCUAAUAGUGCCUGUCCAUGUUGUAGAGCAGUGCAGAACGUGACCUACAUUCAAGUGUCCUUAUAUACUUCAGAAAGUGCUGACUAUUUUUUGUGUACAGUAUAUGAACCAUUGCUUUUUUAUUCAGAGUUAGAUAUAGGAAUGUGUAUAACAAUACUUCAAAAAAAAUUAAGAUGUACUGUCUGUCCUCUGAGAACUUUUGGAUGAAUUCUGUAUGUUUAUGCAUAAAUGUGCAUUGUUUUAGAUGCAUGGAUCUGUGUGGCUGCAUCUCUGAUUUUAAAUGUUUUGUCAGUGAAUUUGUCUUUUUUUUUGUCUGAAGUCUUUGCAGAAGUGCUUGUCACCUUUUUGUCUGUUUUUUUAGCAAUAGAGUAAAAAUUUUACAAAAGCUGGACUUCUACAGAAUAAUCAGAAAUGUACUUCUAGAGUUCAAGUGACAUCUGAAAAAGUGUUUUACUAACAGUGGUAAACUUUAAUUUAACUUACUCAUUUUAAUUUAAUUUUGCUAAAACAUUUUUUUUAUCUUUACAGAAGCUUCCAGAAGUUUCUAAUGUAAUUUGAUGUCUUUGCGUUUGAUUUUGAAAAAACUGCUGAAAUUAUUCAGUCAUUAUAAAUGCUAGUAAACAUGUAUUGAGUUUCCAUUUAAUAACAAAGUUAGCACUUCCUUCAAUUUUCAUUAUCUUUUUAUUUAAAAUUAUAGCAAAUGUGCCUUUGCUUUAUAAUUUACAGAAUUCAUUUUUUAACAAGGCUCAAAAACUUUCUUGAUUCCUGUCAAGUAUAACUAUUACAUGCAGGAUUUUGAAUUAAACGUUUUUAAACACACACACAUUUUCUUAUUAAAGUUAUGAAAUUUAGAAAAAAGCACAACAUACCUACACAUCUUCAUUUUCUUGAUGAAGAAAAAAAUCAAGACUCUUUUCAAAAAGUGGCAAAAAGUUUUAGGUUUGCCAUUUAGCUUUUUAUGAGCUGGGAAAGGCAGAAUGUUAAUUAUAAGUCUAAUAAGUAAUUUAUAGUUCUAGACCAAUAACACUUGCAAUUAAAUGUUAAAGCUGAACAGCUCAAAGAAUAUCCUGUAAUCCAUAUUGCUUACAAAAUAGCCACAGUUGCUCUAUCAGAGCAUAUGUACCCAAGGCUUGAUUAAGAACCCCAUUGUGUCAAAACUCUAAAGGUACCUCAACUUGGCAUACGUACUACUAUGAACAUCACAUAUGUCAAUAAUAAUCGAGUACAGGGAUUGUAGUAGGAAUAAAACACAAAACUUUAUAAAAGGUCAACUUUGCCUUUCUUUUUGUUCAUUAACGUAUUACAAUGAAUGUAACAAACUGAGCAACAUCACAUCUGCAAGAAAUCAUCUUUCUCCUGAUAGUGUGGUUAAUUAACAUUAAUUUAAAGGAUAAGUUUAGUAUUUUUGGAGUCAAAGUUGUUUCUUCACAAACAUGGUAUAUAUGCAUUUGCCACACACGUUUUGAAAUUACAUUAUAAACUUGAAAAAUCUUGCUUGCACUGGCACUUUACAAAAGAGGCUAUAGGGCACCACUUGAAAAUAAAAGCCUAAAAACUCGCCCAUGAAGCGCCAAAAGUUUUCAUAUAAGAAAAAAUGACUUAUGUGUUUCCGCCACAUGUUAGUGACAAACAUAAGGGCUCAGGAAAUAACCAUUUUUAUUGCAUAUUCCUGGCAUUAUUUUUCUCAUGGUAAUGAUCUGUUUUUCUAUUCGCUUGUGUAAGUUCUCAUAUAAUAUGGAAGUAAAUCAAAACAAAACCAACCACAUGGCACAACAUGUUUACUGUGAUUUGGUCUUUCAUGAGAAAACCAUAUUCCUGGGAGGUUUAUGAAAGGUAGUUGCACAGAACAGCUAAAUCCUGAGCUAUCACACACAGCUAGUCUUCGUUUAAAAUGCCUGAAACUCAUAAUAUUGUUUUUUUUUUUUUGUUUUGUUCAAAAAUGACAUGUAUAAACUAUUUUACAAUGUGUGUGUAAUCGCAAGAUACAAAUCAACACUUAGCAACUUGAAAAAUGGGCAUAUUUGGUGAAUUUUUCAGUUUUUCCUCCAUGCCUCAUAGUCUCCAUUGUAAAGUAUCAGAGCGGGUAAGAUUUAAAAAAAAAAAAAAAAAAAUCUUAUUGUCACUUCCCUGCCCUUGUGUAUGUAAAGGCCCCUUUGCAAAAAGGGCACCAGGGUGUGCGCCCAGGUCAACCCUCAUGGCAGAUCCAGCCUUAACUGUACCUGUAAAAGAUUAUUUUUUCCUUGCAAAUGUCAUGUUGAAAUUUAAAUAAGUUAAUGCAAUUUUGAAAAGGCAAAAAUUGAAAAUGUAAACUUUAAGAGAACUUACAGCAUCAACUUUAGUACUCUUCCUUUGGCUUUAAUGAAAUUUACCAGUAAGACAGCCUCUCAUAUGUAACCUUGCUUUCUAAACCUGCUGAGGGGUUUAGAUAAAUAGUAGAUUUAUGUGCAAAAGAUGCCAGAUAAAGGUAGAAAGCAAGUAAUGUAUUUAAAUCAAAAAUUGACUGAAAAAUUAUGCCAAAAAGAACCCUCAAAAUGCUAUAACAUGUAAAAGUAGUCAAUUUAUUAUUACAUGUUUAAUAUUCAUUUAACUAUGGUAUGCAUAAUCAAAAUAUGCCAAAGUUUGAAUUCAUGCAAUUUAAUGUGAUUUUCCGCUUGCCUUGUUAAUCUACAUCUUUUUAAAUAAUAGUGAUUAUACACGGCAUACAUCUAUUAUUCAUUUUUUCUUCUCCCAGUUAGUAUUGAUUCAAUGAAAAUUUUUAUGGACUUUGUUUUUUUCUGUUAAUUUGAAAAUAUCCUUUUGUGAGUAACAUGACAUUUGUAUUUUUUUAUCAACAAUUAAUGUUUGGCAGUUUACAAAUAUACAUAUUGUAAUACCAAUUAUUUAAUAUAUCUUGGUUUUUAAAUGUUUAUAAUAACAUUUUACAAGGAUUACAUUCAGCUGGCCUCCACAAGCAAAAAAUGUCUUUGUUUUGGGUAGGUGGUGAUAAGGCAAGUGAACACUUUGAGCAUGCUACAUUUGUUGCACAUGCACCAUCCAUGUAAACUCAACAGACAACUGGGUAUGGCGUCAUGGGUGACUGGUCAACUGAAUGGACAAGCUUGUGUCCAGGUUGUUCAGCUGUUAGGAUUUUCAAAACCCCCAGUGCUGGCCUUGUAUUUUAAAGCUAUGUUAUUCUAGAAGAAUUACAAAAUAAUCUUUAGCUUUAUGUGGAAAAGUAAAUCAGAAAACAUUUCCAAAAAAUCUUCUUGUAUUAAAGUUAUUCAUUUUUUUCAUAAAUGUUUUUUUAUAUGCACUGUGACUUUGUAGACUAAUUGUAGAUGCACAAAAAGCACGAAGGCUGAUUUGUGGUCUGCAUGUGCAGAAUUUGACUUUCAGUUAGUCUAAUCCAUGAUUAUUUUAUAUACUACUGUUAACACAGUGCACCAUCACAAGAUGCUUUACUGGGCAAGACCAGCUGAAUUCUUUCUCUGUGUGAAGUGUGCUUAGUCUUUUAGAGUCCCCUAUUUUAUGCAAUAUGCUGUACAUUUUUAAAUGACAUGCUGGAGCUCAAAUUCUUUUAAAAUGAAAUGAUUUAUUCCAGUCUAGAUAAUGUAAUGUUUUAAGUUGAAAUUCAAAGCAAGUAAUGUGACUUAUUGAAACCGAGGAACUUUUUUAAAAGAAAAAAAAUUAUUUAAUAUUUUCUAAUAUUGCAUAAUGUGCAACGUGUUUAAUUUAACUUCAUGAGAAUUUGCCAGAUAGGAAACUGCAAUAUGUUUUAUAUCCUGUGCUGUAUGUACCUGGUAUCGGAGUAGUUCCAUACUUGGCAGUAGCACUUGGGCAGUGCCAAACUAGUGACAAUCAAUUGCUCAUGUAUGAUGACAUGUCUUUGGUUAUCACAACAUUAUUAAAAAAAAAAUAAUAAAAAUUAAUUAACCUAAUGUUGCAGGUGUGGGUGACCACAUUCAUAUGUAGUGAGACUAUUAAGCAACUGCAAUUCAGUGAUUUUUUUUUUGGUGUGUUUUAUACAAAGCCUUUCUUUAUAAUAACAGAAUUGUGAGGCAGUCUGGCACUCCCCACUACAAUUGCAAGGUUUAAUGGUGUUGCAUUGUAAUGAUACUGUAUGUGCCAAUUGUGAAAAUGUCUACCAGCAAAAUUCUGAUGCAUGUUUGUUAAUGUUUUUUAUUUAUUUUUUUGAUAAUUUAUCCUUGCCAUUUCAUCUUAUUUUCAAAACUUUCUGAACCUCAUAAAUAAGGACAUUUUCAUUCUUAAAAUUACAGAGUUGUGGUGCAGAUUUAUAGAAACUGUAGACUUUUGCUUUUUGAAGUGAGUGUGGUUCUUCAUUAUCAGUGUAACAUUUACAUGUCUGCUGGCACCUGAACCUCAUGUAAAUUGUCAGCUUAAGUAGUGUUAUGAUAAGAUGGCCACAUAAACCGUCAAUGUAGUAGUGGACUAAACACAGUAAAGGUAGCAGUACAGUUUUCUGCUUACAAAGAACUCUUAAGUAGCUUACAGAUAUUUUUUCCAAAUACAUAAUAAUACAAUUCUUUAUUUGCUGCAUAAUUAUUACAAUUCUCUAUAUAAAUGUUGAUAUUAUCAUACCAUAUAGUUAAUUUGUAAAAUUAAAAAGCCCAUUAAAAUUAAGAGAACAGUGUAGUGAAUGAAGGGGGUAUAAUCAGUGUAAACAAUUUAUUUUACUUGUAGAAGAGCUGAAAUCAAAAUUAUGUUCAGCAAAUGCACUCAUUUAAAAAGGAUCUGGAUGAAGUAAUUGGGAAAUAAUCUGAUGUGGCUACUGCAGUGAUGAGCCUGAAAGCAGCAAUUUUUGAUUUUUUUUGACGUGUUAAUCAUUAUUGAUAUCGUAAAGUAUUUAUUGUUUGCUAGCAAACCAACCUCAGACAUUUGUUUAGAGGGGCAUCAUGUGAUACUCCAUUGAGUUCUUGGAGUAUGUCACUAUCUAAAACUCUGAUUUUCAUUUAAACUGUAUUUGUUUUGGGUCUUGGGAACAUGGGAAACGGUUGAAGAUUGUAAGUUUCUUUCCUCAUACAAAGUAUAGACAUUGGCUUCUUUUUAUUUGUGUGGUUGCGCUUUUCUAAGAUGUUAUGCUAAACAUUUGAAAUCUCUUUUUUGGGAGCUAUCGCUUUAAACCAGUGGUUCCCAAUCUUUUUUACGCCCUGCACCCGCAGAAAAUGUUCGAUUUAUGUUCACACCCCCUACAAAAGUAAUGCUUCAUCUGAAGAUGAAGUCAAAUUUCUCAUUUUUGAACCACAAAUUGACUCACAUACAUACAGUACUGUGGGUUAACAAAUAGAACUCAAAAAGACAUCUUUCUAACUUGGUGCAUAAAAUUUAAAUUUAACGUGAGCAGUUUACCUUUAUAAAUCAAAGUUUUACUUCUUCUGCCCAAAGAAAUCUUACUAUGUUCAACUAUUGUUCAACAGUGGUGCAAUCCAACAGCAGGGUGUCUGUGUUCGUUUUUGUGUUUGGCUUCAACCACAGUAAUGAUAAUGUGCUGCACUUUGUGUGUGUGUGUGUGUGUUCAAAGUACCCAUGAGCCAUCAGGAAUGUGUUGUAUUGUGUCAGCUUCGAUCCGUUUGGUUACAGGGUAAUUUUCAAAUUGCCUUAAAUUUUUGAUUUUCUGUGGUAUCUCUAAGUAAUAAAUAUUUCAAGCAUUACCAAUAAAAAGUCUGCUACAGGUUUUAUCCAUAUUAAAUACACAGUAUGAAGAACCACACUGUACAUACUAUAUUAUCUAUGUUUUUAAUUGGGCUAUAUUGCAAGAUGGUGGUAUUCUACAUGGUUUUUAAUAUGGUGAUUUACCUUUAGAUUUCAGUAAUCUUAAAAGAUUUUUAAAUACUAGGGGGCUUUGCCCCCUGCUCGCUUCGCCCACCUACUCCCUACGUGAGGUGCGCUAUGCGCCCCCACUUUGCGUAUCUGUCGCUCGCAUUGCUGCCGCCGUACUGCGUGAUCUGCAUGUCACGCUGCACUUCGAAUGUUUAAAAGCCUGUACAGCAGCUGUCCUUUUGUCAAACUACCUUGUCUCGUGGGACGUUAAAGUGUCUCCAAGAAAAUCACGUCUCGUCUCCUUCCAAGCCUUCCAAGAUUUUUUUUAUAAUAGAAAGACCUAAAUAAAGUGAAGUUUACAAGCCUCCAGUAGAAAUUCAAGUUUAUGUUGUCUUGUGAAAAUGUGAAGAAUGAAAGCCCCAAUUCACACCAUGUAGCAGGUAAUUUAGUAUGUGAUACAAGAAUACGACCAUCCGUUGGAAGUAAACCGAACUGGAUUGACUCAGACUUGCUUCAGGAUGUAGAUUCCUUCAUGUGUAGUGCAGUCUAUGGGUACUUGAGAAGGUUUAAUAAAGGGGCUUUAAUACUGAAAACAGGCAAUCUGCCCUCAGAGGAGUAAAAGUCUUAUUUGACAUUCCAUUUUUUAUAUGCUUGAUGCCUGUAUAAGAUUUCUCAUUUACUUGGAACUUUGUUACUCUCAGUUCAGGGCAUUUUGACUUAAAACAGAGGAUUCAGACUGUUUUCUACAUGCACUUGUCAUCUAAAAACAGCAAUCCCCAAAGCAGCUACAGUGCUUAUCCUAGUUAAUUUUUUUAAUAAAAACUGAAGUACGCAUUAUUUUCACCAGGACGUGGUGGUGCAUCAUAUGGUGCCUGCAAAACGUUGUCUGAAUAAUCCAGUGACGUAGUAUGAAGCUGCACAUCUUGACACUGUUGGUCUGUAUGUUGUUGGUACUGAGAUGUGACCUGAAAAAAAAAAAAAACAUUGCAGG